AUGUUUAGUUACACUUGUAUAAAUUGUGGAACUCCUGUGAAAUCUUUGUUCAAGAAGUAUAGUGAAACCGUACUGAAAUUAACACAAUGUGAAAACUGCAAGAACGUCGCUGACAAAUAUAUUGAAUGUGACUCGGUCAUUAUAAUUGUAGAUCUGAUUUUGCUAAAAAUGAUGGCUUUUAGACAUUUUCUCAUCAAUUCAGAAUUCAAAAAUUAUUGGAAAUUGUCUGCUGUGCUAUUAGUUCUAGAAACCUAUUCGCAAUGGACCCUUACCAGAAGAAUAGGUGAGGUAGAACUCAAACACAAUCUAACUACUGAACCACAGUUAUCAGAAACUGAUAUUUACCUGGACGACUUCAGAUUUUACAAAAUGAUUCUCAUUAUAACUGUUGGCACAGCAGCAUCAGUGUUUCUCAUGUAUCUUCUGACAAGGAUAUAUUCAUGUUGGAACAAUAAAACAUCAAUUUCAUUCAGGGAUAUUCACAAAGCUGUGACACUGUCGAAUUCUGGGAUGUUUCUAUUGCUACCGUCACUCAUUUGGGAUAUCAAUGUACAUGAACUACAUAUGCUUUUUAUUUCCCUGUAUAUCACCCUAUCCCAGUUAUUGGCGCAUAAUGCUUUGUGCAGUUGCCAGAAGAAGUGGAGUUUGUUCAUUAUAUUUUCAGCUUAUUUAUUCAAAACUUAUAUAAUAGAUUUAUUAAGUAAACAUCCAUUACAAUUUCCUGUCAAAAUAUCCUGA